AUGACCUUCAUCUUGGCUGUUAUGCUAAGUACAGCUUCACCAUCUGCAGUGGCUAGGCCUAGGCGUGACUCAUUCGAAGCCUUAUCAUCUGAGAAAAAUAACGACGACAGAUUCUUUUAUCGAAGACCAGAGUUUGCCGACCAUGGUAGGAUUGAGGGGAUGCUCGAUCCGGGAUUUGAGAUUGUCGACCAAAACAUUCAGAGUGGUAGUGGAGACAGCGAGUUAGGGUGGCCAGGGUUUGAAAAAUGGUGGAAAGAUGGGAUUAUGGGAGAUAACGAGGGAUCCUGGUUCCGAGAUCCCAGCGGAGGUGAAUAUGGAUCUUGGGCCGGAGAUUUUAGUGGAGGCUACGAUGUUAAUAGUGGUUCAGUUGUUUGUAAUCAGAAAGGCCCUUGUUACAAGAAGAAGCUUACCUGCCCUGCUAAGUGCUACGCCUCCGUUAGCAGAUCAGGGAAAGGUUUCUCUGCAAGUGCAAGUGGCGGUGGCUGCACCAUGGAUUGUGAGAAGACAUGCACAGCUUUCUGUUAGGAGGGUAAUAUACUAGCCUUUUUUUUAUU